AUGCGACACACACGCCGUAUGAUUGACGAGACGCUAGCCACACCGUUCAGUGAGAUAUUCGAGUCCUUUGACGCUGAGCCGUUGGGCAGUGGGUGUGUGGCUCAGGUACACCGGGCUGUGCUGCGAGAGGAGAUGGUGGCGAAGCACGCCUUCAGCUCACGUGAUGUUGUGGUGAAGGUCAUUCAUCCCAAGAUCAAG